UUCUUGGCCCCAAGAAGCUCACCUUUACCUUGGGAGGCUGGUGACCUCUGUUCUCCUUUCUCUUGGCCUCAGCCAAGCACUGACCUUGCCCACUCCCUCUAGCCUGUCUAACAAUCUCCUCUACAAAGAGACUCAGACUGAGGAUCCCCAGGAGUUCCAUGCCUAAGGGUGACUUGGGAGACCAACCCCCUCUAUCCCUUCCCCAGCCCACUAGCUGAGUCCUGGCCUGCCAGUCCGGAAUGAUCCCGCUAUGGCCAAGCUCUGGUUCAAAUUCCAGCGGUACUUCCGCCGGAAACCUGUGCGCUUCUUCACCUUUCUGGCUCUCUACCUGACAGCUGGGAGCCUCGUCUUCCUGCACUCAGGCUUUGUGGGCCAGCCCGCUGUCUCCCAGAGUCAGGCCAACCCCGCUGUGGGGAGCCCAGCUGAAGGCGCAGAACUGCCCUUCCUGGGUGACUUGCACCUGGGCAGAGGUUUUCGGGACACAGGUGAAGCCUCCAGCAUCGCCCGCAGAUAUGGACCCUCGUUCAAAGGCAAAGACACCAAUGAGAGAGCCAAGCUUGGAGACUAUGGUGGAGUGUGGAGCCGAGCCCUCAAGGGAAGAGUGGUCAGAGAGAAGGAGGAGGAGCGAGCCAAGUACAUCGGCUGCUACCUGGAUGAUACACAGAGUCGGGCCCUGCGAGGCGUGUCCUUUUUUGACUAUAAAAAGAUGACCAUCUUCCGUUGCCAGGACAACUGUGCUGAAAGGGGUUACCUGUAUGCUGGGCUGGAGUUCGGUGCUGAGUGCUACUGUGGCCACAAGAUCCAGGCGGCAAACGUGAGCGAGACAGAGUGCGACAUGGAGUGCAAGGGUGAACAUGGCAGUGUGUGCGGUGGCGCCAACCGGCUCUCCGUCUACCGGCUGCAACUGGCCCAGGAGUCGGCCCGCAGGUAUGGAAGUGCUGUAUUCCGAGGCUGCUUCCGCAGGCCUGACAACCUCUCCCUGGCCUUGCCUGUAACAGUUGCCAUGCCGAACAUGUCUGUGGACAAGUGCGUGGACCUCUGCACAGAGAAGGAGUACCCACUGGCAGCUCUCGCAGGCACCGCCUGCCACUGUGGGUUUCCCACUACACAGUUCCCCCUCCAUGAGAGAGAAGAUGAACAACUCUGUGCACAGAAGUGCAGUGCAGAGGAGUUUGAAAGCUGUGGCACUCCCAGCUACUUCAUCGUGUACCAGACACAGGUCCAAGAUAACCGCUGCAUGGACAGAAGGUUCCUCCCGGCCAAGUCCAAACAGCUCAUCGCCCUGGCCAGCUUCCCUGGGGCUGGCAACACGUGGGCUCGCCACCUCAUCGAGCUGGCCACCGGCUUCUACACAGGCAGCUACUACUUCGAUGGGUCCCUGUACAACAAAGGGUUCAAAGGCGAGCGGGACCACUGGCGCAGCGGGCGGACCAUUUGCAUCAAAACCCACGAGAGCGGCCAGAAGGAGAUCGAGGCCUUUGACGCCGCCAUCCUGCUCAUCCGGAACCCCUACAAGGCCCUCAUGGCCGAGUUCAACCGCAAGUACGGCGGCCACAUCGGCUUCGCCGCGCACGCCCACUGGAAGGGCAAAGAGUGGCCGGAGUUCGUGCGCAACUACGCCCCCUGGUGGGCCACGCACACGCUGGACUGGCUCAAGUUCGGCAAGAAGGUGCUGGUGGUGCACUUCGAGGACCUGAAGCAGGACCUGUUCGUGCAGCUGGGCCGCAUGGUGCGCCUGCUGGGCGUGGUGGCGCGGGAGGACCGGCUGCUGUGCGUGGAGAGCCAGAAGGACGGCAACUUCAAACGCUCGGGGCUGCGCAAGCUCGAGUUCGACCCCUACACGGCCGACAUGCAGAGGACCAUCGCCGCCUACAUCAAGAUGGUAGACGCGGCGCUCCGGGGCCGCAACCUCACCGGCGUGCCCGACGACUACUGCCCGAGAUGAUG